AUGUACAAAUACCGGCAAAAUUUCGACAAUGUCGCGUGGGACAAGAAUGACGAUGCCGAGGAGGAGUCCCAAAGGCGACUUCGGAGAAAAGACACCUGUGGCCAGGUCGAAGGCCUCGUCAGGCAGAAAUGCGGCAAACCCGCUACACUCAUAUCACCACUGGUCAUCGGUGGCCUCAAUAUCCAUUACAGGAUCCAUCUCGAAGGCGAAGACUCAUCCUCCGACGUCAUGGUGCGGCUGCCCUGGCCCUACGCAGCCUGCUUCCCUGGCGAGAAAGUCGUCUACGAGGCGGCGACGGCGAAAUAUCUGAGACUGAACACGCACAUCCCCACUGCCCAAGUGCUCCAUUAUGGUCGGGAUUCCAACGUCGGGCCGUUCCUUAUCCUCCGCCGGAUCGAACACCGAGGUGAUAUGACAGACGCUCUUGCCGUUCCCGGUCUGGACCCCAACCUGACUCCCGUUCUGAACUUGGAGCUCCCCGAGAGCAAGCUCCGAAGUCUGUGGGGGAAUAUCGCGUGGUGUUUACUGGAAGUAGUGGAACCCACCUUCUCCCGCAUCGGCUCGUUGGUCGAGGUUGACGGAUCCUUCCGCAUUGCCGCUCGACCUCUUACUCAAAACAUGAGCAGCAUGACCCAGCUCGCUCAUAUUCCCCCGUCUAUCCUUCCUCUCGAGAGCGAGACCUACGCAACAACCGACGAGUGGUACGAGGCAUUAGCCAAUAUGCACCUGGCACAACUCAUCUUUCAACACAACGACCUCGUCUCGUCCGAGGACGACUGUCGGAACAAGUACGUCGCUCGUCAGAUAUUCCGCAGACUGGCUAAACAAGGUCGGCUAUCGACAUUCGGAUUCGUCCAAGACGAUUGGUCCGCCUACGUCAAGACGGUACAUCCAAGGUGUCCGGCUCCGGACAGAUCGGGUCCCUUUCGCCUCUGGUGCGAUGACUUCAGACCGGCCAAUAUCCUCUUGGGCCCGGACGACGAUGUGGCUGCCGUGAUCGACUGGGAGUUCACAUAUGCUGGGCCCACGCAGUUCGUCCUCGACCCUCCUUGGUGGCUACUAUUCGAAACACCGGAAAUGUGGCCUUCUGGCAUCGAGGAGUGGAGCAAGGCCUACGAACCACAUUUGAAGAUUUGGCUCGAGGCGAUGGAGGAGAGGGAGAAAGGGGCUGCGUUUCUCGACGCCAUACCGCUCUCGGUGCAUAUGCAAGAGAGCUGGAAGAUGGGCCGCUUCUGGCUCAACUACGCAGCCAGAAAGAGCUGGGCGUUUGAUGCCGUCUUCUGGACGUACUUGGACGAGCGGUUCUUUGGCGAGCGGGACGGAGAACUUCUCGACAAGGACUUGUGGAAGACACGACUGCAUCUCUUGAGCGAGGAGGAGCGACAGGCCAUGGAGCCGUUUGUACAGCGGAAGAUGGACGAGUCUCGGGAACGGAUCCUGGUUGAAUGGGACCCGGCCGAGGCAAAGCAGCGUUUAUCAGAGCUGUUGUUUGAUUAA